AUGUCUUCGUUCUCUGUGCAAUUCAGAAAAGCUCUGCUGAGGUUCAGUGUCGUUCCGCAAACCUUUACGGUAGACGAUGCAAUUGAGGCCCUCGGCUUUGGAAAGUUCCAGUGGAAAAUGUCGGUCCUCACCGGACUGUCAUGGAUAGGAGACGCCAUGGAGAUGAUGAUCCUCAGUGUCUUGGGCCCUCAGCUGCACUGUGAGUGGAGGCUGCAAGGCUAUCAGGUGGCUCUCAUAACAUCGGUUGUGUUUAUAGGAAUGGGGAUCAGUUCACCUCUAAUAGGGAAAGUGUCUGACAUCCACGGCAGAAAAGCAUGUCUGAUUAUUUCUGUGGUCUGGGUUCUGUUCUACGGCCUGUUGAGUGUCUUUGCUCCGGGGUACGGAUGGCUCCUGCUCCUGCGGGGCCUCGUAGGCUUCGGUCUCGGAGGAGCUCCUCAGGCGGUGACACUGUAUUCAGAAUUCCUCCCAGUGAAGUCGAGAGCCAUCAGCAUCAUACUCAUUGUGGCAUACUGGGCACUUGGCUCUAUGUUCGAGGUCCUCCUGGCAUUGUGGAUAAUGCCCACUCUCGGCUGGAGGUGGCUGCUCGGCGUGUCUACCAUGCCGAUGGCAAUCUACGUUUGCUUCUGCUUUUGGCUACCUGAAAGCGCUCAUUUUAAUGUGCUGGCCGGGAAAACCGAGAAGGCCAUGGCGACUUUGGCACGCAUCGCCAAAGAGAACGGCAAGGCCUUGCCUCAAGGGAAGCUUAUUGCCCAUAAACAGAUUAACCGUGGACAGAUCAAAGAUCUCUUCGUUCCCCAGUAUAGGAUAACUACUCUUCUUCUGUGGUUUAUAUGGUUUGCAAACACAUUCAUCUAUUACGGUAUAAUCCUGUUGACGACUGAGCUGUUGCAAAUCGGAGAUUCAUGUCAGACGAGGCAAGUGACCAAGAUUGAACCAAGAUGUAGUCUGGAAUGCAACUAUUUGACAUCAGAUGACUACAAAUCCCUUUUAUGGACAACCUUAGCUGAAUUCCCAGGUACUUUAGUAGCCCUUCUGGCAAUCGACUGUAUUGGCAGAAGGAGGACCCUGACUCUGUGUUUGUUCAUGUUUUUUUUUAGCUUUCUGCCCUUAUAUGGUUGUAUUGGGAGGACGGCUUUUACAGUCUUCAUCUUUAUAGCAAGAGCCUCCAUCACUGGCGGAUUCCAUAUUGCUUAUGUUUACACACUUGAGGUGUUCCCUACAGAAAACAGAGCCUUAGGAAUUGGGACUUCACAUGGGCUGAGCAGGAUUGGUGCCCUGAUCACCCCCUUUGUGGCGCAGGUGUUGCUCAGGAUAUCAGUGAAAGGAGCCCUGUCGUUGUACAGUGUCUUCGGUCUGCUGGGUUGCAUUGCAGCCUUGAUCCUGCCCAUUGAGACGUUGGGCAGGCCUCUCACUGAGUCCAGUCUUAAUCAGAAGGAGACCUGUGAGCAGACGACCACCACCACGACCAUCAAGUAA